UUAAAUGGGAGGUUAAUCACCAAAAACAGGCAGUGUUCUUCGCAAUCCCCCAAAGCAAUUAGGCUGCUCGAAAGCCGCCCUGGGCAGAGCCCCAAAAAAUUUCCUUUUAUCUAUCUCAACGUCUGCAAAUAUCACUUCGAUGAUCUGAUUGUUUAAUGGUUAGUUCACUCCUCUAAAAACCAUCGGAAAAUCUUCUACAGCCGUCCAGUUCCUGUUCAGUGAAGCUGGGAUUCAGAUAAUUUUGCUUGAUAGAAAGUUAUUGAAAUUGCUUUGUUGACAUGGGUGAUAGCAAUAGUUAUUCGCCUCCUGGGUCCCCUAAAGAAAACCCAGAUCAUGAUUCUCAGAAAAAACCAAUUACCAAGGAUGAUGGAACACUGGAGACCAUAGUCCGUAGGAUCCAGGACUCGAUUUCUAAAGGCAAGAAACACAAAUUUUGGGAAACCCAACCCGUAGGUCAAUUCAAAGACAUUGGGGACACAAGUUUGGCUGAGGGCCCUAUUGAGCCUCCGACUCAAUUGUCUGACGUGAAGCAAGAAGCUUACAAUCUCCCUAGCCCAUAUGAAUGGACCACUUGUGACAUGGACUUGGAAGAGACUUGCGCCGAGGUUUACAAUCUCUUGAAGAAUAAUUAUGUCGAGGAUGAUGAGAACAUGUUUAGAUUCAAUUACUCCAAAGAGUUCUUAAGAUGGGCUCUGCGCCCUCCUGGUUAUUAUAAAAGCUGGCACAUUGGGGUCCGUGCCAAAGCUUCAAAGAAGCUCGUUGCUUUUAUAACAGGUGUGCCUGCAAGGAUUAGGGUGCGUAAUGAAGUUGUGAAAAUGGCUGAGAUCAAUUUCUUAUGUGUUCAUAAGAAGCUCAGGUCAAAGAGACUUGCCCCAGUUAUGAUUAAGGAGGUUACCAGGAGGGUUCAUUUGGAGAAUAUCUGGCAAGCUGCUUACACUGCUGGAGUAGUUCUUCCAACACCAAUAACAACUUGUCAGUAUUGGCAUAGGUCUUUGAAUCCAAAGAAGCUUAUUGAUGUUGGCUUCUCUAGGCUUGGAGCGAGAAUGACCAUGAGCAGAACCAUAAAACUUUACAAGUUACCAGAUUCACCAGCUACUCCUGGAUUUAGAAAAAUGGAGCUCUGUGAUGUACCAGCUGUUACACGAUUGCUCAGAGGCUACUUGAGCCAGUUUGUUGUUGCUCCAGCUUUUGAUGAGAAUGAUGUGGAGCACUGGCUUCUUCCGACCGAGAAUGUGGUUGAUAGUUACUUGGUUGAGAGCCAAGAGUCUCAUGAGAUUACUGACUUCUGCAGUUUCUACACUCUUCCAUCGUCUGUCCUUGGCAACCAGAAUUACUCGACUUUGAAAGCUGCUUAUUCAUUUUACAAUGUGGCUACUAGGACUCCACUUCUUCAGUUGAUGAGUGAUGCGCUUAUUGUUGCUAAGCAAAAGGAUUUUGAUGUUUUUAAUGCAUUAGAUGUCAUGCAAAAUCAGUCUUUCCUGAAAGAGCUGAAAUUUGGACCUGGUGAUGGGCAACUUCAUUAUUAUCUUUAUAAUCAUCGGAUACGAAAUGGUGUUACACCAUCAGAACUUGGGCUUGUACUCUUGUAGUUUCACGAGUCUGAAGGUGUGCACUGUGAUUUCUUUUGUUGACAAGGUCAUCAAUAGGAGCAGCAAAAAAUGAGAUUUUGCAGUGUAUUUGAGAGACAGGUCCAUGGCUUCAUUCGCAGCCUAAGUUGUGGAGACAAUUUCAAUGUUUACUUUUCACAAUGUUAUCUAGACACAAAUGUUUUUGAGAUCUUGAAUAUCCUUUACUUUCUUGAGUUUUGCUACCUUGCAUUUUUAUCUGCAUAAUACUGGGGCCAUCCGUGCCAUGAGCAACAAGAUGAAUGUUGUUUGCUUAAUUUGGUUGAGUUGCGUAUGUGAGACAGAUGUCAGCAGUUUAACGUUUAUGUUCUAUUUAUAAAUUUAUUUACUUAUUUUCA